AUGGACAACCAAGCCAAUGGCUCAAGCCAGGAUCUUGUCAAAAAGAGGAAGAGAAAGAGAAGUAAGGGAUCGAAAGCAAAGGGGAAUGAGAGUGUUUCGCCAGAAGUUGAGGUACUACCCGCCAACUCCUCUCAGAACAAGAAGAUCAAAUUCAAUGAUCUCGAUGAGGUUGCAACUACCAAUAGCAUUGCCCCAGGACCCAAGGUUGAGACUAUUGAGGAACCUGUCUAUGAAGAGUCUUCCACAUUAAAGGCGGAUGGAGCUGCGCCAAAAAUUACUCCUAAAGGUAAGUCUACAGUUGUCAAAUACGUUGAUGAGGAAGAUUCAGACUCUGAUGAUGCAAACAAUUUCAAUAUCCUGCGAUCCUCGCUACAACUAUCAGAUAGAGCAAGGGAGCUACUAAACGUACGGCGAAAUUUGCCUAUAUACCAUCACAAAGAAAAGAUCACUCAAUUUGUAUCGGAAAAUCAAGUGACAAUAAUCAUUGGUGAAACUGGUUCCGGAAAAUCAACACAGAUACCGCAGUUUCUCAUUCCUGAGAACAGCAAAGCGAUUGCUGUCACCCAGCCAAGAAGGGUUGCGGCAGCGUCGUUAGCUGCUAGAGUUAGUGAAGAGUAUGGAUGCAAAUUGGGCACAGACGUUGGAUACCAAGUCCGAUUCACCAAUAUGAGCAACCACAGAACCAAAUUGAAAUACCUCACCGAUGGUAUGCUCUUGAGAGAAAUUAUGUUGGACAGGGAGUUGAAAAAAUACACCACAGUCAUUUUGGAUGAAGCGCAUGAAAGGACGAUUUUAACUGAUUUAAUUAUGGGGUUUUUGAAAUCGUUGAUUGUUUCUGGUGCUCGUAAAGACCUCAAAGUUAUUGUAAUGUCAGCAACAUUGAAUGCAGAGCUAUUUAGCCGUUUUUUCAAUAAUGCUCCUAUUUUGUACGUCGAAGGAAAGAUGUACCCAGUGACGCAAAUGUACGUUACUGGCGAAAGUAAUGAGGACAUUGUUGAUUGUGUUAUUCGUUCAAUUAUUAAAGUGAAUAUAACUGAGCCUGAAGGUGAUGUUUUGUGCUUUCUAGCAGGACAGGAAGAAAUCGACAACUGUGUCAAAUCAUUGGAACAGUUGGCGCCUCAAUUACCCCGAGAAGCACCAUUGAUUGUCCCAUUACCCUUGUAUGCUGCCUUGAGUCCCCAUCAGCAGCUGAAAAUUUUUGAAAAAUUACCCAAGGGACGUAGAAAAGUAAUUUUGGCGACAAACAUUGCUGAAACGUCAAUCACCGUCCCCGGUGUCAAGUAUGUCAUUGAUUCGGGGUUGAGGAAAGUCAAAAUUUGGAAACACAAUUUGGGAUUAUCCACUUUACUCACAACUCCAAUCUCACAAGCUUCCGCUAGGCAACGAGCUGGUAGGGCUGGAAGAGAAUGUGCAGGAAAGGUAUUUCGAUUGUACCAGGAAAGUGAAUAUUUGAGUUUACCUAAACAGCAAGAAUCUGAAAUCAAAAGAAAUGAUAUCAUCUUGCCGAUAUUGACGUUGAAGAAGCUAGGUAUAGAUGAUUUGUUGAACUGGACGUGGCUCGAAGACCCAGGACAAGAACUGAUUUUGAGUGCUUUAAACACAUUGUAUACGUUAGGUGCGUUGAAUGACGCCGGAAAGAUUACUAAUCUCGGGUACAAAAUGAGUGUGUUGCCUUUACCGCCACAAUUGUCAGUAGUUUUAAUAAGUGCUACUGAGUUGGGUUGCUUAGCUCCAGUGAUUGACAUAGUCUCUUGUUUGUCAGUUGAUAAUUUGAUCUUGAAUGUAUCUGGGGAGCAACGAGAUGAAAUAAAUUUUAAACGAAGAUCUUAUUGCCCAAAGGGAAACACUAACGGUGAUUUGAUUGCAUUGUAUGAGUUUUAUCAAUCGUUUCAAUCCUUGGGUAAAGAAUGGUGUCAAGAAAUGAUGUUUAGUUACAAGGGGUUUAAAAAUGUGCUGAAAAUAAAGAAUCAGUUGAAAGAGUAUAUGUUGGCUACUGUCAAACAAGAUGACAGCAUCCUGGAGAAUGAAAAAGAUAAACAAAUGGCAAAACUUCGCUCGCAGUUUGAAGAUGGAGAUGAAGUUUUAGACAUUCCUGCCAUUUUAAAAUCUUUUUUGAAAGGAUUCAUUACAAACACAGCUGUCGGAAUGCCAGAUAGAUCGUUCAGAACGUUCAACAGCGGUCAGUUGAUUAGCAUACAUCCAUCAUCUGUAUUGUUUGGGAAAUCAAAUCUAGAUGCAAUCAUGUAUAUUGAAUACGUCUUUACUACAAAGGGGUAUGCAAGAAACUGUUCAGCGAUUGAAUUAUCAUGGUUGCAAGAAGUAGCCCCACACGUUAUUGGUGGCAACAAAGUGAACAUCAAUUAA